CUCCACACACCACUAGGUGAGAGAGAAAGAGAGCGUCUGUAUUGAAAUCAGAUGAUUCCUCCGGUAACUUCGGUGGCUCGCCGUCUUCAAGGUCCAUCGCACUAGUGGCCCACACGAUCUGAUUCGUGUGGGAAAAAACGAUUUCCAAAAUUCUGCAAAAUUUUCGAUUUUUUUCCAUCUUUUCCUGAAAGGGAAUUUUUUGGUGUUAUAGAGUGAAAAAGUGGUCGUUGAGGGGAUCGUGAGGGGUUAAACGACAGCGGUUUUAGUUUGGAAGGAAUUGGAUUAAUUACGGUGUUCGAUUUUCACGUUUUGCGAAAAUAAUUUCUUUUUUAAUUAUAGAAAAUAUUCUACAAUUUUUGCAUGCAAUCUGGUGGCGGGGCUCAGCAGGGAGGAGGUGGUCAUGGGCGGAACAUGGUGCCAGGACCACCAUCCUCAUCUGCAUCGCCGUCUUCUUCUUCAUCGGCGGUAUCGACCCCCCAUUUGGGUUUUGAUCCGAUGAAGCAUCAGCAGCAUCAACAGCAACAGCAGCAAAGGCAGUCCUUGCAACAACAAUUACUUCGGAACCCAGAAGGGAGAGAAGCUAUAUUAGCUUAUCAGUCUGGAAUUCGGCAAGGAGUAUUGGGAGGUGGUGUUGCUUCGAGUUCUGGCUCUAUGCAUCUGCAGCGUGUAUCUCAGCAACAAGGCCAAGAGGAAGGGCAAAUUAUGAGACAGGGUUUUGAACAACACAUGAUGAACCCAAUCCAUCAGGCAUACAUGCAAUAUGCUCUCCAUGCUCAACAGAAGUCGUCUCCUGGCAUGCAAGCCCAGCAGCAGAUGAAAAUGGGAAUGAUGGGGAAAGAUCAAGAGCUGCAGAUGGGAAAUGCAAAAAUGCAGGAUCUCAUGUCAUUUCAGGGUGCUAAUCAGGCACAGAUUCCAUCAUCCAAGAAACCAUCUGACCAUUUUGGCCUUGGAGGGAAGCAGCAGGUGGAGGAAGGCCACCAGACAGUUUCUGAUCAUAGUCAAAAUCAAAAUAAAAUGCAAAAUCAGAAUCAAAAACAUUUUGCCCUUCCAACAUCGUUUGGCCAGUUGGUGCCAGGGAAUAGUAUAAGACCUAUGCAAACCCCACAAUCUCAACAGACUAUCCAUACCAUGGCGAACAGCCAGGUAGCAAUGGCCGCCCAACUGCAGGCCAUGCAGGCUUUGGCUCUUGAGCGUAACAUUGAUCUUUCACUUCCUCAAAAUGCUAAUCUGGUGGCACAACUAAUGCCACUUAUGCAGUCUAGGAUGCUUGGUCAGCAAAAAGUUAAUGAAAGCAACACAGGUCCACAGUCCUUGCCAGUCUCUAUGUCAAAGCAGCAGGUCACUUCUCCACAAGUUGCAAAUGAAAGUUCACCUCGUGGAAAUUCUUCAAGUGAUGUGUCUGGGCAUUCAGGAUCUACCAAAGCAAGGCAGACAUUGUCACCUGGCCAUGUGGGUGGUUCAACACCAAAUGCUAUGUUAGUCAACAACUCUAGUGUCAGUCAAGGUCAACAGUUCCCCACUCAUGGGAGGGAGAACCAGUUACCACCUAGGCAACCUACCAUUAAUGGUAGCGGGAUGUCUUCUAUGCCUCCCCCACAGUCACCUGCAAACAUGAACCAGGGUUCAGAUCAUUUGCUGCUUGGCAAAAGCAUGUUAAGUGGCUCAGACUCGCUGCAAAUACAGCAUGCUAGGCAGCACAUGAAUAGAUCUUCUCCACAGUCUGCAGCUUCAUCUAAUGAUAAUGGAUUGGAAAACGCUUUACCGUCUCAGAAAGGACAAAUGCCACAAGCUCAACCACACCCGGGAUUUACAAAACAGCAACUGCAUGUUCUUAAAGCCCAAAUUCUGGCUUUUAGGCGUAUAAAGAAAGGUGACAGAACUUUGCCCCGUGAACUACUUCAAGCUAUUGCACCACCUCCCCUAGAAGUACAGUCGCAGCAGGUGGCUGCCCCUGCUGGAGCAGUUACUCAUGAUAGAGCUUUGGGUAGAAAUCCCAUGGAGUCCAAUAACAAGGAUAUUCAAGCUGUGAUAUUGUCUGGUGGAAUGAAUAAUUUGAAACGAGAAGUGUAUGAGGAGAAAGCAACUGCAGUUUCAACAGUUAAUGCACAAGGUACGUCUGUAAUAAAAGGAAAUCCAUCAGUUUCUCUUCCUGCAAAAGAAGAACAGAGGAAUACUGCAUUUCCUCAUAAACAGGAACAGGAGGUAGAGCAUGGGAUUCAGAGAACUUCUCAAGUAAGUGAGGGUACCACGGACAAGGGUAAGGCAGUUGUAUCAGGACCUGCUGUUGGUUCUGACACUGUUCAAGGUAGAAUAACUGCGCAAUCAGGAAAUUCACCUCAAGCAAAAGAUCCUGGCCCUUCUAGAAAAUAUCAUGGUCCGCUGUUUGACUUCCCUUUCUUCACCCGGAAACACGAUUCUUUUGGAUCAAGUAUGAUGCUCAACAAUAAUAACAAUCUAGCUCUGGCAUAUGAUGUGAAAGAUCUCCUUGUUGAGGAAGGCAUCAAAGUGAUUAACAAAAGGAGGAAUGAGAAUUUGAAGAAGAUUGGUGGUUUAUUGGCUGUGAAUUUGGAGAGAAAAAGGAUAAGGCCAGAUCUUGUUUUGAAGUUGCAAAUUGAAGAAAAGAAGCUUCGACUGCAGGAUGUACAGGCACGUGUGAGGGAUGAAGUUGAUCAGCAGCAACAAGAAAUAAUGGCUAUGCCGGAUAGACCAUAUAGGAAAUUUGUUCGAUUAUGUGAGCGCCAACGUAUGGAGCUCAACAGGCAAGUUCAGGCUGCUCAGAGAGCCAUUAGGGAGAAACAACUGAAAUCCAUCUUCCAGUGGCGUAAGAAGCUUCUUGAGUCUCACUGGGCAAUCCGUGAUGCACGGACUUCCCGGAACAGGGGUGUUGCUAAAUAUCAUGAGAAGAUGUUGAGGGAGUUCUCAAAGAAAAAAGAUGACGAUCGCAAUAAAAGAAUGGAAGCUUUGAAAAACAAUGAUGUGGAGCGAUACAGACAGAUUCUUCUGGAGCAACAGACUAGCGUACCAGGUGAGGCUGCUGAGAGAUACGAGGUUCUCUCUUCAUUUUUAUCCCAGACAGAAGAUUAUCUCAAUAAGCUUGGAGGCAAAAUAACAGCUGCCAAGAACCAACAGGAGGUAGAGGACGCAGCAAAUGCCGCAUCUGCAGCUGCUAGGGCUCAGGGUCUAUCUGAAGAAGAAGUGAGAGCUGCAGCAUCUUGUGCGAGGGAAGAAGUUCUAAUAAGAAACCGUUUCUCUUCAAUGAAUGCACCCCAGGAUAGUUCAUCUGUUAGCAAAUAUUAUACUCUUGCACAUGCUGUAAGUGAAAGGGUUAUUCGGCAGCCCUCGAUGCUACGGGCAGGAACUUUGAGGGACUAUCAGCUUGUCGGAUUGCAGUGGAUGCUUUCAUUGUAUAAUAACAAGUUGAAUGGUAUAUUGGCUGAUGAAAUGGGUCUUGGAAAAACUGUCCAGGUUAUGGCUUUGAUUGCUUAUCUGAUGGAGUUCAAAAGCAAUUAUGGCCCACAUCUUAUAAUUGUUCCUAAUGCUGUUCUGGUUAACUGGAAGAGUGAGUUACAUAAUUGGUUGCCGAGCGUUUCAUGCAUUUACUAUGUCGGCAACAAAGAUCAGCGAACAAAAUUGUUUUCUCAGGAGGUUUGUGCAAUGAAAUUCAAUGUCCUUGUGACAACGUAUGAAUUUAUCAUGUAUGAUAAAUCAAAACUUUCGAGAGUUGAUUGGAAGUAUAUAGUUAUUGACGAAGCACAAAGAAUGAAGGACCGAGAGUCGGUUUUAGCUCGUGAUCUUGACAAGUACCGCUGCCAGAGGCGGCUUCUUCUCACAGGGACCCCUUUACAGAAUGAUCUUAAGGAGCUCUGGUCAUUAUUGAAUCUAUUGCUUCCAGAAGUCUUUGACAAUCGCAAAGUGUUUCACGACUGGUUCUCACAGCCCUUUCAGAAGGAAGUCUCACACAAUGCUGAGGAUGAUUGGCUGGAGACUGAGAAAAAAGUUAUCGUUAUACAUCGACUUCAUCAGAUCUUGGAGCCUUUUAUGCUCAGACGUCGUGUCGAAGAUGUGGAAGGUUCACUUCCUCCAAAGAUCUCCAUCAUUUUACGAUGUAAAAUGUCAGCUACCCAAGGUUCUAUAUAUGAUUGGAUAAAAUCUACUGGUACUAUCCGAGUUGACCCUGAAGAUGAGAAGCGGAAGGUUCAGAAGAGUCCGAUGUACCAGGCCAAGACAUUCAAGCCAUUGAACAAUAAAUGCAUGGAGCUCAGAAAAACUUGCAACCAUCCUUUGCUUAAUUACCCGUAUUUUAAUGAUCUCUCCAAAGACUUUCUUGUUAGAUCCUGUGGCAAAUUAUGGGUUCUUGAUAGGAUCCUGAUAAAGCUUCAAAGAACAGGGCAUCGAGUACUUCUGUUUAGUACAAUGACAAAGCUUUUAGAUAUUUUGGAGGAGUAUUUGCAGUGGCGUCGACUUGUCUACAGAAGAAUUGAUGGUACAACCAGUUUGGAAGACCGAGAGUCUGCUAUUGUGGACUUCAAUAGCCCAGAUACAGAUUGUUUUAUCUUCUUGCUCAGCAUUCGUGCAGCUGGACGAGGUUUGAAUCUUCAGACAGCCGACACAGUGAUCAUAUAUGAUCCUGACCCGAACCCUAAAAACGAGGAGCAGGCAGUUGCUAGAGCUCACCGUAUUGGGCAGACAAGAGAAGUGAAGGUUAUAUACAUGGAAGCUGUGGUUGAUAAAGUUGCAAGUCAUGAGAAAGAGGACAACUUCAGGAAUGGAGGUACUGUUGAUUCAGACGAUGAUCUUGCCGGUAAGGAUCGGUACAUAGGAUCUAUCGAGAGCCUCAUAAGAAAUAAUAUUCAGCAAUAUAAGAUUGAUAUGGCUGAUGAAGUUAUCAAUGCUGGAAGGUUUGACCAGAGAACCACACAUGAAGAAAGGCGUUCAACCUUGGAGUCAUUGUUACGUGAUGAAGAGAGAUAUCAAGAAACUGUUCAUGACGUCCCUUCACUUCAAGAUGUCAACCGAAUGAUUGCUAGAAGUGAAGAAGAAGUGGAUCUUUUUGAUCAGAUGGAUGAAGAAUUUGAUUGGGCAGAAGAGAUGACAAGAUACGACGAAGUUCCAAAGUGGCUCCGUGCUAGUUCUCGAGAGGUGAAUGCUACCGUUGCCCGUAUGUCUAAAAAACCACCAAAGGACAUUCUGUUUACUGACAAUAUCGGUGUGGAACCAAGUGAAAUGGCUUCUGAUAUUCCUGAGAAAAGAAGGGGACGAUUUAAAGGAAAGAAGUUCCCAAAUUAUGCCGAAUUGGAUGAUGACAUCGAGGAGUUCUCUGAAGCUAGCUCUGAAGAGCUUGUAAAUGCAGAGGGAGAAGUUGGGGAUUCCGAAGAUGAUGAAACUGUUGGUGUUAACGAGGUACCUACUGUUGACAAAGGCCAAUCAGAAGAUGACCUUCCUCCUUCUACUGAUAGGUAUGAGUAUAACGGUACACCUGAUACCGCGAGACGCAAUCAUAUGCUUCAGGAAGCUGGUUCUUCAGGAUUAUCUUCUGGUAGUCGACGAUUAAUGCCAAUAGCAGUUCCUUCCAUUUCUGCUCAGAAAUUCGGGUCACUUUCUGCAUUAGAUGCUCGACCACGUUCUCGUUCGAAAAGGCUGCAUGAUGAUCUUGAGGAAGGGGAGAUUGCCAUGUCUGGAGAUUCACAUUUUGACCUUCAGCAAUCUGGUAGUUUAAAUCAUGAGCGUGAUGAAGGUGAAGAUGAACAGGUUUUGCAGCCAAAAAUAAAGCGCAAACGUAGUGUUCGAGUUCGACCAAGACAUGCUGUGGAGAGGCUGGAUGAGAAGUCUGGUGAUAAGUCUUCUCUCCUUCGUGGUGACUCCUCUCAGUCACCAUUCCAAGCUGAGCGUAGACUACAUGGCAAGAUUCAAGCUGAACAAAAGUUGGUUCAAGAGCACACUUCUUACAAACAUGAUCAGAAUAACGCCUUGUUGAAAGCUAAGCGAACUCCGCCUACCCGGAAAAACUCAAACAAGGCAAAUGCUCAAAUUGCAGCGAAACCAACCAGAACAAAUCCCAUAUCUGCUCCUGCAGAAGAUGCUGCUGAGCACUCUAAAGAAAGCUCGGAUGUGAAAGUAAAGAGUGGAAGUGGGCUGUUUGGUGGACCCGCGAUGACCGAGGCUAUCCAAAGAAGGUGUAAAAAUGUAAUCACCAAAAUCCAGCGGAGAAUUGAUAAGGAAGGCCAGCAAAUUAUUCCAUUGCUAACUGAUUUGUGGAAGAGAACUGAAAGUCCCGGUAGCAGUGCUGGCAAUAGUCUUCUUGACCUACGAAAGAUUGAGCUGCGUGUUGACAGAUUGGAGUACAAUGGAGUUAUGGAUUUGAUUGCCGAUGUGCAGGUUAUGUUAAAAGGUGGAAUGCAGUAUUUCGGAUUUUCGCAUGAGGUGAGAUCUGAAGCAAGGAAGGUGCAUGAUCUAUUUUUCGAUAUAAUGAAGAUAGCAUUUCCCGACACAGAUUUUCGAGAAGCCAGGAGUGCGCUCACUUUCUCUGGCUCCAUAGCUUCCUCCGCAUCGCUUUCAUCUCCUAGACCCAUUGGACAAACCAAACGACCAAAACCGACAAUCGACAUAGAGCCCGAACCAAGUCUUCCCUCACGACCACUUUCUCGUGGGUCCAUCCCUGCUAAAGAAACACGGUUCGGGACCAGGGUUGCACCCGUUGCUCAAGAACCUAGACCCUUCACCCAUCCAGGUGAUUUUGUAAUCUGCAAGAAGAAGAGGAAGGACAGAGAAAAGUCAGGGGUGGUGAAAGCAGCUGGUCCUGUUUCACCGGUGGGUCGUGGGACUAGGAGCCCGGGCCAAACUAGACUGAGCCAAAGCCAAACAAUUGGUCAGGCGGGAGGUGGCGUUGGUUGGGCGAACCCUGUUAAAAGAAUGAGGACGGAUGCGGGGAAAAGGCGACCGAGUCAAGUAUAACGAGGGAGAGAGAGUAUUAGCAAAUGGUUUGUGUACCACUUGUUGAGCAUAGAGUACAAGUUGGUUAAUGUGGAUAGAUGAUUUUGGAUGGAUGUUAACUGUAAUGCAAAGAUGAUUACCAGUCUUGUCUUUGAGCUGCUGCUUGUGGUGGUAAUCAAGAAUGUCUUGCAAAAAUCAGCAUAUUAUUCAGAGA